GUUGUUGUUCCCUUUUCUCAACAGCCGCUUUGCUCCACAUUUCAUUGGGCGGAGUGUGCGUGUUUUUGAAUACAAUAUAGUUGAUCUAAGUUGGGGAUCCCAUCAGCUCUAUCUGAAUGGCAAGGUGGACGCGGCUGGCUGUCCUUGGGCUGCUGGCGCUGGUGCUGGUGCUGGUCGGCGUUGCGGUGGCCGAGCGUGAUGACAUCGCCCAGCCUCCCCUCGAACAACAACAACAACAACAACAACAACAACAACGCAGCAAUCACAAUCACAAGCACGAAUCAUUGCGCACCGGUCGCAGAUUGCUCACGCUGGACGACGCCGACGACGAGGACCAGUUUGGGAGCGAUGACGACGACGACGAUGGUGAUGAUCACGACGGAGGCCGUCAUCAUGAUGGCGAUGGUCAUGCUGGUGCUGCAGGACGCUACAAGAAGCCCAGGCCACGCGGGAGUCUGAAGGUCAAACGAGCGCCGCUGACAUUGUCAACAGCACAAGUCAAGGAACUGUCAAAGCAAAUCGACAUUGGCCAUCUCUGGACUGAUCUCCUGCAACCGCUGCUCAUUGAGCGAGUGCCUGGCACUCCAACUCACCAACAAGCUGCAAAGCACAUCGAGGACACACUCACGGCGUUGCCUGGAUGGCGUGUCACCACAGACACCUUCAACGACUCAACACCUCUGGGAGUCCGGCCGUUCAAAAACAUUGUGGCCACGCUCGAACGACCAGGCGCGACACGGCGGUUUGUUCUCGCAGCACACUACGACUCAAAGUACUUUGCGCCGCCAGUCAAGUUCAUUGGCGCAACCGAUUCUGCGGCGCCGUGUGCCAUCAUGCUGCACUUGGCAGAGCUCAUUUCCAAAGAGCGCGUCGAAUGCGUCAACCGAGGCGACUCGGCUCACUCUGCCUCGCUCGGCUCUGGCGAACGCCGCAGCCUCGCAGAACAGCACGCUUCGACCGUUUGCUCCUUGUCCGAGAGCGCCUCGACAGGCGACGCGACGCUGCAACUCGUAUUCUUUGAUGGCGAAGAGGCGUUUCAAACCUGGACGGCCACCGACUCCAUCUACGGAUCACGCCACCUUGCCGCUCUAUGGGAAGCCAACGACAAGUCAGAAUCACCAAGUCCAAGCCAGCUGCAUUCCACACUUUGCGGCAUCGAUACGCUCAUGCUGCUGGAUCUUCUUGGCGCGAAAAACCCGACCAUCCGCGGCUCGUUUGACAAUACGCUUGCUAUUCACGACAGUGUGGCUGAUAUUGGUGAGAUGAUUGGUUCUUUGAUGCCAGCAGGGAGAGCGAGACAGAGGCUCAAUUUUGCUGCGACUUUUUUUCUGGUGUUGAAUGCGGUCCCCACUUUCCCCCCCCCUCCCCAACCUCCACAGAACAACGCCUGGCCAAUCUAA